AUGGCAGUACAUCGCGGUUUGGAGGCAGCAUUCGAGAAAACGAAAUUUGCCGUGCAAGGGUUCGAGUUGAGUCCGAUGAAGCAUAUCGUUUACAAUGGUGAAGAUGCCGAGAGGAAGUUGGAUUCACUUGUAGAAAAGUUGUUCGAUGACGCAUCUAUAAUGAUCACACGCGCUCGAUAUCUGGAACAUGACGAGAUGUAUCCAAUUAAACCCAGUGCACGCCUGAUGGUUCAAUCUGAAAUGACGGAAGGCGAAAUUGAACGUGCAUUGAUAUCGAUUGCUAGUGCAGUUGCCGAAUUGUAG